AUGAAUUAUACUUCAGUUAAUAAAAGAAAAUUAUGGCUUCUUAUAAUAAUUCUCAUCUUAUAUAAUAUUAAAUGUAUAUGCGAAAAUAUAGGGGACUUAAAAAAAAGACUAUGCUUUAAUAAUUUCUCGAAUUCGAAAAAAAAAAAAAAAAAAUGGCUAGCCAAAAAAAAAAAAAAUUAUUUCAACAUAAGGGAAAACAAAAAAUAUAAUACCACAAAAAGGAGAAAAUAUUAUGGAAGGAUUGAUAACAAUAAGAAAGAUUAUUAUAAUUUUAUGAAUAGUUCUUUAUAUUUAAAUUAUAUUUCAAACGUAAACUCUUUUUUACAUUAUAAUACAAAUAAUGAUAAAAAAAAAAAAAAAUGUUAUUAUAUGUGUAAAAAGUCUAAUAAUAUUAUCAAGGCAAAAAUAAAUGAUAACGAUAGUAUGCUUCUUGAUAAUAAUUUGAGACAUGAGGAACUAAGAAGUGAUAAGGAAUAUUAUAAUAUUAACAAUGAAUAUACACAAAAAGUAUAUAAUAAUUAUAUGAUACAUGAUUUAUCAAAUGAUAAUACUUUAAAUGAAUGUUCAAGUGAUAUAAAAAAAGAAACCAAUAAUCAAACAGAUCAUCAGAUGAACGAUAAUUUAAAUGAUAAUGUCACCUUUGAUUUGAAAGAUAAAAAAUGUAACCAAAAAAAUAUUCGCAAUUUCUGCAUCUUGGCACAUAUAGAUAGUGGAAAAUCUACAUUAGCUGAUAGAUUUUUAGAACUUACAAAUACAAUUAAAAAAAAAAGGAUGCAAGAACAAUUUUUAGAUAUGAUGUGUUUAGAAAGAGAAAAAGGUAUAACAAUAAAAUUAAAAGCUGUAAGAAUGCAUUAUAAUAAUUAUAUAUUUAAUUUGAUAGAUACUCCUGGGCAUUUUGAUUUUUAUCAUGAAGUAAAAAGAUCUUUGAAUGUGUGUGAAGGUGCAAUCCUUUUAAUUGAUGGAGGUAAAGGUAUUCAAUCACAAACAUUAAAUAUAUUUCUUGAAUUAAAAAAACAUAAUAUAAAAAUAAUACCCGUUAUUAAUAAAAUAGAUUUAAGUACAUGCUUAUAUGAUAAAAUAAAAGAUGAUUUGAUUAAUAAAUUUAGUUUUAAAGAAGAAGAAAUUUUAAAAAUAUCAGCAAAAUAUGGUAAAAAUGUAAAAACCUUAUUUCAAAGAAUUAUUAGUGAUAUUCCCCCUCCAACAAAUAAUACCAAUACCUUUUUUAGAGGUGUUGUCUUCGAUUCUUUUUUUGAUCAAUAUAAAGGGGUCGUAUUAAUUAUUAAAGUUCUUAAUGGAGAAUUAAAAAAAAAAACAGAAAUUUUUUUUAUUAACAGUAGAAAGAGUUAUAUCAUACAAGAAAUUGGAUAUCUCGUUCCUGAGAUGAAACCUACUGAUGUUAUAUCUCAAGGAGAUAUAGCAUAUGUAUGUUCAAAUAUAAGAAACUGUGAUGAUAUACAAAUAAGUGAAACGAUUGUAAAUAAAGAUAUUAUUAAGAAAAAUAAUGAAAAUGAAUUUGUCAUUAAUUUUAAAAAGAUAAACCAGGUAAAGAACCAAAAUGUGUUGCACGAUUUGAGUGAUAAGGGUAAAGAAUAUUUGACCUAUCAUAAAAAUGAAGGGAAUAAAUAUAAAGAAGAGGUAAAAGAAGAUAAAUAUAAAGGAGAGAUAGAAAAAGAUAAAUAUAAAGGAGAGAUAGAAAAAGAUAAAUAUAAAGAAGAGAUAGAAAAAAAUAAAUAUAAAGAAGAGAUAAAAAAAGAUGAUAAUAAAUUCAACAUAAAUAUAAUAAAAGAACAAUCAAAUGAACCAAAUAAAGAUCAAAUUAUAUAUAAACAUGAAUAUAAAAAUGAAGGAACAGUUAAUAUUCAUAACAAUGAUGAUUUUAUAAAAGAUAAUAUUAAUAAUGAAAAUUUGUCUUCUAGUAUCCAAGGAAAUCAUAAUAUUCCUCCCAUUUUGAAAAAAAAUGAUAUUAAUAUAAAAAGCAUUGCUGCUAACAAAAUAGAAGCAUCUUAUCCAUCUGUUUAUUGUAAUAUUUAUUGUGUGAAUGAUAAGAAAUCGAAUGAAUUAGAAAUGUCAUUAAAUAAAUUAAAAUUAAAUGAUAGUUCUUUUUCUUUUAAAAAAUAUAUAUGUGAAACGUUAGGUAAAGGUUUUAAAUGUGGGUUUAAUGGAUUAUUACAUUUAAAUAUAAUUCAAGAAAGAAUAAAAAGAGAAUAUAAUAUUGAUACAAUAGUAACAGCACCAUCUGUUAAUUAUUUAAUAAAAGUAAAAGAGAAAUAUAUGGAUAAGAGAUUAAGAGAAAAAUUACUUGAAAGAAAUUUUGAUAUACAAAAUAUGCAUAUUGAAGAUAUGGAUAGCAAAUCAAGUGAUGAUUGUUUCUUUUUUAUGACAAGUAAUGUUAAUGAUAUUCCAACAAAAAAUGUAGUACAUUCUAUAUAUGAACCAUAUGUUAAAACUAAUAUUAUAACACCAGAAAUAUAUCAGAAAUAUAUAAUGAAUGAAUGUUUUAAAAGAAGAGGUAUAUUUAUUAAAAAAGAAAUUAUGAAUGAUCAAAUAAUUUUUCUAUUUGAAAUGCCUUUGUCAGAAAUACUUAUUAAUUUUCUAGAUCAAAUCAAAUCAUCUACUAAAGGAUAUGGAUCUAUGAGUUAUGAAAAUAUGAUUAUUUAUAAACCUAGUGAAUUAUAUAAAAUUCAUAUAUAUAUUAAUAAAAAAAAAAUAGAUUCUUUAUCAUUUCUAGCACAUAAACUAAAUUAUGAGGAAAAAUCAAGAAAACUUGUUUCGAAAUUAAAAAGUUUAAUUAAUCCCCAUCAAUUCCUUAUUGUCAUACAGGCAGCACUCGAAUCAAAAAUUUUUGUAUCUGAAAAAAUUAAACCUCUCAAAAAAAAUGUAACAGCCAAAUGUUAUGGUGGAGAUAUUACAAGAAGAAGAAAAUUGAUUGAAAAGCAAAAUGAAGGAAAGAAGAAGAUGUUUGAAAUUGGAAAGGUUAAAUUGCCUCCUAAUAUUUUUACCAAGCUCUUUGACAUAAAGGGUGAAUAA